AAUCCAAUGGAAGAUACUGCUUCACCUUCUGCUUACCUGGAUGGAGAAGUGAUGUUGGCUGAAAAUAACCCCAAAAAGAAAGCUGGAAGGAAGAAGUUCAAGGAGACCAGACACCCGGUUUAUCGAGGUGUCAGUCGGAGGAAUUCCGGUAAGUGGGUUUGUGAGGUCAGAGAGCCAAACACCAAGACCAGGGUGUGGCUGGGGACGCAUCCCACUGCUGAAAUGGCAGCCAGGGCACAUGACGUGGCGGUUUUGGCUAUGAGGGGGCGUUCUGCUUGUUUGAAUUUUGUUGACUCACCGUCGCGGCUUCCGAUCCCGGUAUCUAAUGAUAUAAAAGAUAUACAAAAGGCAGCGGCAGAGGCCGCGGAGGCCUUCCGACCGAGAGAGGAUGCAGAAGAGAAUGAGGAAAGGAAGGAAUCGUCAGAAAGUUCAUUUUAUGUUGAUGAAGAGGAGAUAUACGAAAUGCCAGAUUUUCUUGCCGACAUGGCCGAGGGACUGAUGAUAUCGCCACCUAGGACUGAUAACUUUACGGAUGACGUAGAAUGUGGUGAUGACGGGUCUUUAUGGAGUUUUCAUUGA